UAUUUUGCUACAUAAAGGCAAGAAUUGCCUUGGUAUGUGUUUAAAACAGGGUCCUAAAAAGACUCUUUUGGGUCAUUCCAGCAGAAGGGAGCAAACAGGAUUGGCUGCAUUUUUUUGACUGAUUCCACUUAGUUAUAAAACCUUGUUCUACAAAUUCAUCAGAUUUUACAGUUCACAUGAAGGUGAUAUCCAACUGAUUCCUGAAGUGCGACCCAGGGAUGCCGUUAAUUUAAAGAAAAUAACAAGAAACCAACAGCUCUGUGAUCUGGAGCAACAACCAAUAGAGUGGAAACAGCUCUGGAGUUCAAGCUUCUCUGUUGUGUGUGUCUCGCUCCACAUACUCUGUCAGCUCAUUGUCAGCUCACCCAGAUCACACAGACAAGAGCACUGUGCUGCUUUCUUCCAAGCACUACAGCUUCUUCAUGGGGUCAUCACGAGUGGUGCUGGCUGGAUUGCUCUUUUUGGGAUUUGCUUUGCAUAAUGGUCAGGCAGACGGAAGCUGCCAUGGCUUAAGGCACUUGGCGAAUGGACGCACGUUUUUCCGCUAUGGUGGGAUUUAUGCAACGUUCACCUGCAACCCUGGUUUUAGAGUCUAUGGGUACCACACCAGCAGCUGUGUCUCAGGCCGAUGGACCAGGGCUUCUCCUGUGUGCGUAGCUGCCGGAUGUCCAAGCUCUGGGAGCAUGUUACAUGGCAGUAGCACUGUGAACCAGGACAGAUCGUUAAUCUUUUUUAAAUGCGACAAGGGGUACAAACUCUUUGGAUCACCUGUACUUUACUGCAAUGGCAAAACAUGGAACAGCACCGAGCCUGUUUGCAAAGAAUCCGAUAUAAUGAGCUCUGACAAAUUCAAGCAUCUCAGUCUAAUCAAAGCCAACCUGGGGCAGAGCCUGAAUGCACCAUCUGCCUUGAGAAAUAUUCUUAGAAUUCAAUAUGGUAACAUUGCAAACUCAGCUGCCAAGGACAUUUUCCACAAGCAAGAGUUAUUGUCAGAACUCCCAAGGUCAUCAAACCCCAAAUCAGGCCAACGAAACGUGGCCUUGCACCAACUACAGGUAAGUAACAGUGUUCCUGACAACCAAAUAGAGGAUGUUUAUCUACAAGAGCACCACCAGUCUGGUAGGACAAGUUCAUGGAGUCAAUCCCCUAGCAAAGACAGUAACAAAGAACCAGCUGGCUAUCAGAAAUUUUUCUCCAAGGCAUUGGAGGUGUCACUAGCAACCACAUCUCCAACCUCAAUGCUAUCUGUUACGAUGUCCACAUUCAAAGCCCCAAUAAUCUCUUCAUCGAAACCAGCUAAGGACUCCAUGUUUUCAUCUUCAACAGCUUCAUAUACAUUCAAAUCUACAGCAUCUGAUUCUCCUUUAUUCAAUGAAUCAACUCUAUCUGAGCUACCAGCCAGUUCUGCCCCAAGGGAGGAAAUUCCUCCUCUCCCUACCUCUGCUCCUGAUUUAAAACAAUUGUCUUUAACAUCAGCAAUGGAAGUUGAGAUAGAGACUACUGUAUCAGCACCCAAUGUACCUUCACCAUCUAUCAAUGAUUCAUCUCCUCUUGAACAACUAGUUUUAAAAGAUAACUCUGUGACGGCAACCUUGCCUCGUUAUGGUACAGUGACUUCAGCGUUGAAAGGAGAUUCGUCACAUUUGUCCUCCCAGGUGUCACGGGCAACACCAUUGGCAUUGGAACAUGAAAUUGUCACAGCACCCUCAAGUAACACAAGGUCUGCUUCUUUGUCUUGGCUUCAGUCAAUAUCUGGAGUACAUAGGAUUGAUGCUGGGAAUUUUGCUACACCUCAAAAGGUUACCCCUAUCCCUGUUCAUUCCAAUGGAGAACACAGCACAAUGGGAGCAAUAUAUGAAGUCAGCACCAAUUACUCUAAUAGCACUCCUUUCCAAAGUAUAUCCGAGGAGGAUACUGAAGGGAAUCUCAUCAGCACUAGAGCAGAGACACUCCUGGGAGAGAAUGUAAGUUUUCAAGGAACUGCCUCAGCACCUCAGGAAAUUGAAACAGACAGCGCAAUUCAGGCCCGCUCUCAGGAUAUUUUUAGAGGGGAUCUGGGGAUGAAAUAUGGCCCAAAUUCAACCAUCUCUCUUGGUCCAAAUGAAUAUGAAUCUAGUGUACCAGUUAACUUGGAUAUUGAGCUAGCUGAUGAUUUGCAAUCUGUGUUAAAUAGUGCGGGGCAGUCUUUGGCUAUUGUAAGCAGUCUUCCCCAAAAUGCUGUUGACCAUGGGAGGAUGUCUGCAGAACCCCAGAAGGAUUUACAGCUGGUAAAAAAAGCAUCAACAAUGCUCACACCUGAAGCAUUAGGGAAGCCUAGUACAUGUAAAGACAGGCCUGUAACUGUAGAAACAGAUGUGACUGCAGGACAACACAAUCAACAAUUUCCUGCCAUGCAGAACUCCACAGAUGCAACAAGCCCAGAUAUUUUAAUUACAAAUCAGAGAGUAGUUAACGUUUCUGCAGAACAGUUUGAUGCGACGGAACACACAAGUGUCAGGAAUGAUUUAGCAUCAUUUAACUCUACCUCGGACUGGGAGGGCCAGGCAUCUUCUGCUGGAGUGAACAGUACUCAGACAGAGGAAAACCAGGCUCCAUUUAAAGAAACUCUCUUUGAUAAAAUAAACAUUUUACCAGACAGCUUUCCAGAUCGUGCGACCGACACAGCUGUUUUGUAUCCCAACUUUGUGGAAAUUACAGUUGAUAAGAGGCCAGUGGGGCCUUUCAAAAGGAGACCUGUUUGUCCUUACCCGCCACUGCCAACCCAUGGUACUUUCUAUUUUCGAACUUUGACCAACCCCUCCCAUGUGCAAUACAAGUAUUACGUGCAGUACUCCUGUUACCCUGGUUACACACUCUCAGAUGGGGACGUCUACAGCUUUUGUCUGCGCAAUGGCACCUGGAGUGGGGUCACGCCUGCAUGUUUAGAAGUCACCCCUUGUGCAGUUAACAAUGGAGGCUGUUCUCAGGUCUGCAAGGCAGGUUCCCAGAAGCAGACAGAGUGUAGCUGCAGAGAGGGGUUCACCCUGCUUGAGGAUAGCAGAACAUGUAGAGAUGUUAAUGAGUGUACAGAGGGACAGCAUUACUGUCAGCAGGCUUGUGUCAACACCUUCGGCUCGUAUGAGUGCAGUUGUCGGCCAGGCUACCUGCUGGCAGAUGAUGAAAGGUCCUGCUCAGACAGAGACGAGUGCACAGUGAACAAUGGCGGCUGUCUGCACCACUGCUCCAAUACAUUUGGAAGCUACAGGUGUUAUUGUGAGCCAGGCUUCGAACUGGAAAAGGAUCAAAGACACUGCAGAGAUAUUGACGAGUGCCAGACUUCCAUAGGAAUCGCUGGCUGUCUUUUCGGCUGUAUCAAUACCCUGGGAAGCUUCCUGUGCCACUGUCCAGAGGGGUACACACUAGGUGCUAUGGAUGGUCAUUGCAGAGAUAUCGAUGAGUGUGCGGAGAACAACGGACGAGGUCUCUGUGCGAUGGAGUGUCAGAAUGCUCCAGGCUCUUACCGCUGCUCCUGCUCCUACGGGUAUAGGCUGGCAGGAGACGGGCGAUCCUGCAUCGCCGAGUGCCCCUCCGGCUACAGGAAACAGAGGAACAGCACAGAGAGGAGCAGCCCCCACCAACGGAACCAACAGUGUGUCGAUAUAAAUGAAUGCCAGGAGCUCCAGCAGGAAGAGCGGAGGUGUGAGUGGAGAUGUCUGAAUCUGCCGGGGUCGUAUCGCUGCAUCUGCCCCCAAGGAUACAGGAUGGCCAGUGAGGGCUAUCACUGUGAGGAUAUAAAUGAAUGUACCUAUCAAAAUGGAGGCUGCUCCCACAUCUGCCUCAACAAUAGAGGAGGCUACAAAUGUGCCUGUCCCAAGGAAUACAGCUUCAGCCCCUAUAGCCGGAAGAAAUGCCAGCCAGUCAAAACAUAGACAUGCAAGUGAUAAAACAGGAGUCCUGUAGAGAAGAACUAAACUCGCUCAUGUUAAUUCUACAAGUGUGCUGAAUCCCAAAAGCCUUAGUUUGACUUUUUAAUAGUUGCAGACUGCAACCGUAACCCUUGCUGAAGAGAGGACCUGGUUAUCCAGGUCUGUAUUUUUGUAAGGAUUCUUAAAAUGUAAUUUAUUUGCAGAAGCAAAAGGUACAGUUCAGCAUUACCAACUUGGGAUCAGAUCCCACUGAUCUGAGGUCUCUCAACAAAUUUUGGACAUGUGUUCUAUAGUCCCCAAUACAUAGGAAUGUCAAACAGAACGUAUAAGCUAUUAAGAUGGUAUGCCUAUGAUAUUCUAUAUGAAUUUGCAAUUUAAUGUGAAUUCCAGUCUCCAAGACAAUUCUGUUUCCAAGGCAAAGAAAGUACAUUGAAAAGAUAAUUUAGAGAAAGCAACCCAUUAAAAAGUGCAUUUAGUUGUAAAUCUGUUGUGUUGCAUACCCACUUGUUGUAAAUACCAUUGUGUUGCCAUCUGCUGUAAUGUAAUUUUUGUUCAUAGAAUUGAAUACUUUGAAAAGCUCAGUAGUGCUUCUGGGUUUUU